GACGUUGUGACUUCACAAAUGGAACUCCGUCACCUCCCCUGGCCCCGCCCACCACGACCCCCCACCUAUAAAAGGCCCCGCCUGCGGCGGACCCCUGUAGAGGAGGCUCCGGCAAGGGAGGCGGCGGCGGAGGAAGCGCAAAGUUGUGAGAGAGUGAUUUGUCGCCAGUCGACGAAGAUGCAUUCUUCAAAACCCAGGCUUGUUGUUCCAUAUGGCCUCAAGACUUUACUCGAGGGAGUGAGCAGAGCUGUUCUCAAAACCAGUCCAAGCAAUAUCACUGAGUUUGCAGCUCUCUACUUCAGAGAGCUAAUUGCAUUUAGAGAAGAAAAUCCUAAUUUGGAUAUAACAGACCUGGUUAGAGAAUUUCAUUUCACAAGAGUAGAGGGCUGGACUGAUAGAAUGCCAGAAAAGAGAGCUGACCUUGGAGACCAGUUUAUGCAAGAUAUAAGUGUGGUGUCUCCACUUUCUGAGGAACCAAAACGAAAGGAAAAAUCCACAGACACAGAGGAGGACCAGUUGCACGAAGGCCCUGAACCUGAAUACAGCAGCAAAACUACCCAAUACCCAUCGACUCACUGUGAACUUUUAGAAAAUGAACCAUCCCCUACGGGACCUGAACCAUCCCCUAAGGGACCUGAACUUGCCUAUGUCCCAGCCGAUCCUGCACAGCUUGCUGCACAGAUGUUAGGUAACACUGAUUCUGUUCAUUCUAUGAAGGAUGUGGGAACAAGUGUGCAGUCUCUUCCUGAACUGUCUCUGAGCUCAGAGAACACAACAGCUGCACCAGUAGAAGGUGCUGCUGAAGACGCUACACUUACCCCAGCCGCUGAGGGUUCUGCAGAGUCUGUUAGGCUGGAGUCAGCGGUUCAAAGUCAGGCCUCCGUUGUCCUAGGGCCCUCCAGCAGUCAGGCUGAACGAUCAACAAGUGACGUAGAUCAAGCUUCCUCAAACCCCUUGCAGGAUGAACCACCACCACCUGCUCCUCCACCACCUCCACCACCACCACCUCCUAAAGAUCCAUUAGAGGCUGUGCCUUCCCAAAGCGAAAUUGAGGUUACAUCAACCAUUCAGGCUAUGCCAAUACAUACUGACGAUGAGCCCGCUACUGAAGGAGAGGUUCCACCUUACGUAGAGCAGUUCCCGCAGCAAAUAGUAAUUCCCUUUUUAGAACAAGUAGCUUGUCUAAUAGAGAUUCAGCAGCCACUAAUGCCUUCACUAAAUGCAGGUCAGUUUACAUGCACUAAGCUCUUAGAUCCAUCUGCAGAUGAUGCAGAAUGUGACCCUGAAAGAAUGGAAACUACAGCGCAAAUGGCAUCAGCUGAGCAAGGUUUUAUUAUGUCAGCAAUGGCAACAACCGAAGCGGGACAACCACCACCAUAUUCUAAUGUGUGGACUCUCUAUUGUCUAACUGAUUUGAGCCAACAAGGUCGAAAGUCACCACCACCCCUUCCUCCUGCUGGAACUGGUGCUCCUUAUCCCCAAGCAACCCUCUAUAUAUCUAGUGGGAAGGAGCAACAACCGUUCCUACAACAGCAGCUGACACCACAAGGUCCACCACCACAAGUAUCCUCUCCAACUUAUGUGAUGAUGGAAGAAGGCAAGAGGGGAAAUGCACCACCUUUCAUAUUAGUGGGUUCUACAGUUCAGAAUGUACAGGACUGGAAGUCUAUUCCUGGCCAUGCUGUCCUUACACAGCAUGACACGAGUGCUGUGAGGAGAUUCACUACAGUACCUGUACCAGUUGCCAGGCCAGCAGAUCUGAAAAUGGCCACUCCAAACCCCAAUUUUAAUGCUGCACAAGAAACUGCUAGACCACCAACCCCCGUUUUUCUUUCAGUUGCCAUACCGUUAGACGAGGUAAUGUCCGCAAAGAGGGGUUCAGCAUCUGGUGAUAACCAAGCAGGCAUAAAUCCCUUUGCAGGAAGCUAUGGUAUAGCAGGAGAGAUUACAUUUACUUCUGGCCCGGUCCGCAGAGCAGACUCGUGAGAAGGCUAAGAGGAGAUGAUGUCAUGUGAACAGCCCAGGAUGGAAAUCUGCAUCUUAAAAUAAUAAAUUAACUUAAUACAAGCACUCAAAAUGAAUGCAAUCCAUUAGAAUGCCUUUUUUUGCAUUUCUCGAGUGUUGGCAGAAUACAAACAGAUUGUUGACGAGAAGUAGAUAAUGAAGCUUCCAAGGGGGGAAAACAUCCACCAGCAGCACAGGCAAUGUCAUUUAUAACCCAAAAGAAAAGAAUGCUUCCCCUCGGUGGCAGGGGCAUUUGGUUGUCUGAGGCCCCUGGAGCUGUUUAGCUAAUAGACAAGUGCACCAUGUAGUAUUUUUUAAACAUACAUCCAUAAGAAAACCACAGAAUAAAUUGAUUUCAAAUUAGUUCCACACAAUCCCUUUCCAGAGUAGAUCACUCCUUAUGCAACAGAUCUGUUCCUGGCAUAGAUUCAGAGUCAAAGCUGUGGACUUAAACUCAUUAAGCAAUGUCCUUAUACUUGGAAUGUCCCAAAACAAAGAAAUUACUGCUGGGGGUGUGGCACUAAUUCAACACUGUUCAUUUAUUAAGUGAGGGAGUCAAUGAGAUUAAGGGUUAAAAAAAAAAAUCUCACUAGACAGACAGCAGAUGCAGCCCUGUGCCAUACAAGAAACCAGUGCUCUAGGUGCUUUAGUUAAAAACCCAUUAUAAUGGACCUUAGAUUUGCCAUGGAAGACACAGUAUAGUUUUGCUAUAGCUUUGGAGUCUCAAGUUUAUUUCAGGUGUCAGUGGUCACUUGAGUGUCAUUUCUGGGGGAUUUUAAAUGUUUAGAGAAGAUGCUGAUUAAUUAUCCAGCAUCUUAAUCUUAAGAAAACUGCUUUGUGUUUGUAUCUAGAGCCCUAGUCUUUAUGCCUUGUGAGUUCCCUAGUGAUUGCUCCUCCUCUUGGUACCUGCUCUUCUUUUUAAAAUGUAGGAAGCAGCUAGUCAUCUCUGCCCCAGCUUGAAAAUAAAGGAAACCACUAGGAGAGGGGCUCUGGAGUAGAUACCAGCUUCUGGAUAAGAAACUUACCUGGGAGGUAUAUGCCACUGAAUAAUGGAUAGAAAUAGGGAAAGAAGCAAUCUCUUCAAAACACACAACAUUUGGAACUGAGUCCUUUCACUGGAUCUUAAUCAGUUUCAAAAAGCCCUAGGUCGGUGUUUGAGUCAAGGGUGUCACAUGAGGCUAGUGGGGUGGGGGACGAUUGGGAGAUAAAGUUUCCAGAAUAAUUUCAGGAUAGCAAAAUCCUUCAAAGUUUGAGACCAACUUUAGUAGAACAGAUUACUUGUAGUGAUGCAUGAGAACCCAGUAUGAUUCAGCUCCUGCAGUGAGAAAGUGUUUUCCUCAUUUGCUGAGCACAGUUCUUGCCAGGGAAAUCACUGCAACAACAUACUUUAUGAACACAGAACUGCAAGCUUUCAGACACUUCAGGCUAAAGCCACACUCAGCAGGAUGGCUUUAUAGGAGCAAAGCCCUCUACCUGUAUCAGCUGAUGCAACCCCUAGUAUUAAAAAAAAAUAAUGAAUCUGAGAAAUCAGAGC